ACAUGCACCUGCCGGCUUCAGUUGAAAUUUCAAAACUGUGAGUCAUUUUUGUUGUGUACAUCUAGUCAUCCCCCAGCAAGGCUUGUGGUUGUAGUUUGGCCACGUCAUACUUGAAUAGAGUCAGUACUUGCAGGUACAUAUACAUGUAGAAGCCAACUUCAGAAUUUGAGGAGCCCGCUUCACUACCAUAGCAUACAGAAGUGUGCAGCCCAUCCGCAAUGGCAUCGCCAGUGGCUCUGGUCCAGGGUGCUAGCAGAGGGCUUGGUCUGCAGUUCUGCCGAAGCCUUCUGCAGCGGAGCCCCACGGCCCACGUCAUCGCCACCUGUCGCAACCCGGAGAGUGCAAGGGAGUUGUUAGCACUUAAGGAGGAGAACAGGAAUCGCUUGGACGUAGAGAAGAUCGACCUUGCCCGGCCAGGGGACAUCCAGGAGAUUGUGGAGAAGGUCAAACAGAGUAGGGUGAGCAAGCUGGAUCUGCUUAUCAACUGCGCCGGGAUGUUGCACCCCUCCGGUAGAGGCGAAACCAGUCUCAGGGAUGUUUCAUUGGAGGGUCUGUCAACCACCCUGACUACAAAUGCGGUGGGGCCUCUCCUGGUGGCCAAGCACUUCGCCCCUCUGCUCUUGAAAGGCUCGGGCGGGUAUGGGUCGAGAGAACAGAGCAAGGCCCAUGCUGGGGUCGUCGUCAACAUCUCAGCUCGCGUCGGCUCCAUCGUGGACAACAAAGGACUGGGCGGAUGGUACAGCUACCGCAUGUCCAAGGCAGCUCUGAACAUGGCCACCAAGAACCUGAGCAUCGAGCUGGGCCGGGGCCGCACUCCGGUCAUCUGUGUGAGCGUCCAUCCGGGCACGGUGGACACGGCUCUGUCCCGCCCCUACCACAAGAGCGUCCCGAGGGAUAAGAUCUUCAGCCCCGAGUACUCGGUGGAAUCUAUCCUCAGGCUGGUGGACGGGCUCACCUUGGAGGACACGGGGAAGUUUCUUGCCUGGGACGGCCAGUCCAUACCCUUUUGAUAUAAGAGAGCCUUCAGAACUUUGGAUCCAAGACUGUCUGGCGUCCGGAAACUUGUGUGUGGGCUCAGUACCAUGGGCUGAUAUGUGAAAUGAUGAA